CGAGGCGGAAGUCGAGGGGCCCCCCGGGUGGAAGUGACGCUGCCCCCGCUGCCCAAAAUGUCGGCGCCCAGAGGGAGGUAGAGCCCCCACGCGCCACUGCCCUCACGCCUCACCGCCAUGGAUGACGCCCCGCUGCCAGCGCCCCCUGUCCCUGCCCCGGCCCCGGCCCCGGCGCCGCCCGCUGCCGCCGCCCCCCGCGUGCCGUUUCACUGCAGCGAGUGUGGCAAGAGCUUCCGCUACCGCUCGGACCUGCGGCGCCACUUCGCGCGCCACACUGCUCUCAAGCCCCACGCGUGUCCGCGCUGCGGCAAGGGCUUCAAGCACAGCUUCAACCUGGCCAACCACCUGCGCUCGCACACGGGCGAGCGGCCUUACCGCUGCUCCGCCUGCCCCAAGGGCUUCCGGGACUCCACCGGCCUGUUGCACCACCAGGUCGUCCACACCGGAGAGAAGCCCUACUGCUGCCUGGUCUGCGAGCUCCGCUUCUCCUCGCGCUCCAGCCUGGGCCGCCACCUCAAGCGCCAGCACCGCGGGGUGCUCCCGCCCCCGCUGCAGCCGGGCGCCGGCCUGCCCGCCCUGAGCGCGCCCUGCUCCGCCUGCUGCAACGUGGGGCCCUGCUCCGUGUGCGGGGGGGCGGGGGCCGGCGGCGGCGAGGCCCCCGAGGGGGCGGGCCCGGGCGGCUGGGGGCUGGCGGAGGCGGCGGCGGCCGCGGCGGCCUCGCUGCCCCCGUUCGCGUGCGGCGCGUGCGCGCGGCGCUUCGACCACGGCCGGGAGCUGGCGGCCCACUGGGCCGCGCACACCGACGUGAAGCCCUUCAAGUGCCCGCGCUGCGAGCGCGACUUCAACGCCCCGGCGCUGCUGGAGCGGCACAAGCUGACGCACGACCUGCCGGGCCCGGGCGCGCCCCCCGCGCAGGCCUGGGCCGCGGGGGCCUGUGCGGGGCCCGAGACCGCUGGCGCGGGCGGCGCCGCGGAGGAGGCCCGGCCGGCCUGGGACGGCGGGCUGCUCCUGGGCCGCGCGGGGGGCGGCGGCGUGCCCGGGCUGGGGGGACUGCUCCCCGGGGGCGGCGGCGAGGCCCCCCCGCCGGCGGCCGCGGCGGAGCCCUCGGAGGACACCCUGUACCAGUGCGACUGCGGGACCUUCUUCGCCUCGGCCGCGGCGCUGGCCGGCCACCUGGAGGCGCACUCGGGGCCGGCCACCUACGGCUGCGGCCACUGCGGGGCGCUGUACGCGGCGCUGGCGGCCCUGGAGGAGCACCGACGGGCCAGCCACGGCGAGGGCGGCGGCGCGGAGGCGGCGGCCUCCGAGGGGGAGCCCGCGGCCGGGGAGCCGGCGGCCAGCGCGGGCCGCAGCAAGAAGAUCUUCGGCUGCUCCGAGUGCGAGAAGCUCUUCCGCUCCCCGCGGGACCUGGAGCGCCACGUGCUGGUGCACACGGGCGAGAAGCCGUUCCCGUGCCUCGAGUGCGGCAAGUUCUUCCGCCACGAGUGCUACCUCAAGCGCCACCGGCUGCUGCACGGCGCCGAGCGGCCCUUCCCCUGCCACGUCUGCGGCAAGGGCUUCAUCACGCUCAGCAACCUCUCCCGCCACCUCAAGCUGCACCGCGGCAUGGACUGACCGCGCCCCGCCCGCCGGGCCGGACUCGGGGUCCCCCGGGGGCCGCCCAAACCCAGGCGGGGGCCCUGAGAGGAGGGCGCCCCGGCUGGAGAGAUGGAGCCACCAGAACCCCAUAUAGGCCCCGAGCUGGGGGCUCUUUGGGGACUCCUGAGCUUGGGGCCUCCCUGGCAUCCGAGCUGGGCACCCCCAAAUCAACCGGUCCCUCCGCUGGGGAGACCGAGAAAUGGGCCUCCACAAUACUGGUCACCUCGAGGGCCCGAAUAAGAGACGGGCACCCCUCCCCAAGGGAAGCCUGCCCCCUCCCUGAGAGCCAUCAUUCCCAACGACCUGGUCUGGAGAGUGUGGGGGGACCAUGCCCCCUCCAAAUGCACCCCCCACAAUCCCUGGUGCCCCUAGGUGACGGACAGAGCCAGGAUCUGCCAUUCCCCGUGCUGAAGGAGGACCAGGGUAGAGCCCCCUGCCCUCAACCCACUCCCCAGCCAGGCCGCCCCCCCCCCCCUCCUGCGGGAUGGGCCAACCCCAGGGGUCUCCCCUGGCCCCGAACACUAGCCUAGGCCGCUGGGCACCCCCCGCCCGGUAGGAUGGACUGGCCCGGAUGCGCAGCCUCCUGUCCACUGGAAUGGGCUGGGCCUGCUGUGGCCCGCGCCGCCCCCUCUUCACAGUGAGCCCCGCAGGCACGGCCCUCCUCUUCUGCGUCAUUCCCAACCCGCGAGCUCACCCGAGUGGGAGCUGGGGAACACUGGGGUCUCCGCCCACUCUGUUCUAGCCCCUGUUGGUCUUCCCAUCUCCGUCGGUUUGUCUGUCUCCGUGUUCCCCCCAACCCCAAGGGAAAGGGGGGGCUGGCCAGGGGGUUCUCCCCAUGAGCCUCGACCUCACCCCCUCGUCCCAGUCCCCGGUGUCUCCGAGACCCCAAUAAACCUCAUCCUGUCCGUGUCAA